AUGUCGUGGAAGAAGCUAUGGUGGAAGACACUAUGUAACCGAUAUGACAUUUGGUUGAUUGAUAAUGGAACAACAAAUCACAUCACCUUUAAUCUCGUUCAAAAUAACUACGCCCCUUCAAAACAGGAGAUUCUUUAUCAUCCACACACACGGUCCAACAAAACUGGGACUGAAAUACGGAAGGAAGUGAGGAGUUUUUGCUCUUCUCUCAGACCCUUUGAUCUUUAUUUUCUCCUCUGGCUGGACAAGAAAUUGGGAAGAAAGAUGGAAAUGAUGGCAUACCAGUUUUCCCGGUUACCUUACUCGGAUUCCCUCAAACUGCUGGAGGCUGAUAUACAACAUGCAAAUGCUUUAUAUCUUGACCUCUUCCACAUAAUUAUAUACAAGGUACACAAUGAUGGUAGAUCAAGUAUGACUUCUCAUGGAAGGAAAGCAACCAUCAAGGACUUUUAUGCUAUUAUUCUGCCCUCUCUUCAAAGGCUUCAUGGUAGCAUGGAGAAGUUGGACAUUUGUAAGAAAGGACAUUCUAGCAUAGAUGGCUCAAGUCAUGGCAAGAAAAUGAUUGAAGGAGAUGCAAAACCAAUCAAUGUCGAUUUGGAAAGAGAAGAUGAAUGUGGGAUAUGCUUAGAGCCGUGCACCAAAAUGGUUUUGCCUAAUUGCUGUCAUGCCAUGUGUAUCAAAUGCUACCGCAAAUGGAACAAACUGUCAGAGUCUUGCCCUUUUUGCCGUGGUAGCUUAAGGAGAGUUAACUCUGAGGAUCUAUGGGUGCUCACUUGCAAUGAAGAUGUUGUUGAUGCUGAAACAGUUUCCAAGGAGGACUUUCUACGUUUCAACCUUUAUAUCAACAACCUACCUAAAGAUCACCCGGAUGCGCUUUUCAUAAUGUAUUAUGAAUAUCUCAUUUGA